UUUCGCGUCCCGAUUAUAAAAUUAAUUUGAAACAUCCAAAAUUGCAUUUAAAGAGAUCAUUUGCUUUUCGAAAAUGCUUUUGGCAUCUAUUAAGUUUACGAUCGAUAUGUUUGUGCACUAAAAAUAGACCAAUCUAGCGAAACAAUGGGAACAAUGUAAAUACGUUACGUUAUUACAAACACGGAGGGAUAACAUUUGUAUAACCGACAUAUUUUAUAAGUGAAUCAUUCACAUAUCGAAAAUGUUUUACGUCUACGGAAUGAAAUUAAAAAUAAUGUUUUAUAAAUACUAUCAAGUAAUACGUGCAGCAGGAACAGCUGUUACGGACAUCUCAAGCGUGCUCGCGUUCACGAAACUUUGCUGUGAUACAAUAUAAAUAAACAAAGGUUGUGUUUGUUAUCCUGUUGCGGUAUCUCUGUUUGCUGGAACACGUAAAUAUGUUUGCAAUUUCCAGGUAAAAUCUGAUUUUUUUUAUAGUUGCUCGGAAUGAGUCUGAUCCACUUGUAGUUCGUGAUUUUUAGUGUUUAGUUAUGUGAUAAGGGCGUCGCUUAUUCAAUUGCGGAGUGCGCGCACUGCGGGUUAAAGUUAUUUUUAUAGUUUAGUAUUUUUACUUGGUGAGAACGAUAACUCGCGCGUCUUUACUUCGAGUUUAGAGUGCGCGCACGGCUGUUGCAAGAAGACAGCAUGGAAGCUUUUAUUGAUACGCACAAUGAAGAGGGAUCUUCUGGAUCCUCCGACAGUCCUGAUUAUUCAAGUUCUAUAAGUGAAGAUUUGCAUGGACGUGUAAUAAUUGGGCCCCCGAAUCCUACGACAAAUCCCCUCUACACGAACAAUGUGCAACUGCAUUCCGAAACCGGAUACUACCUGAUGAUUGGCGAGGACAUGUGUCAAGGUUCCGAGGACAAAGAAGAUCAGUACACACGUAUAGUAAUGGAACCGAUAUCGGGCGGCAACUUGCGAUUGCGAGGUUUCUCCACUAAUCUAUACGUCGCAAUGAGGGAUGAUAAUGGAAAGAUCUACUCGACGGCGGAUAAGGAAGACCAAAACACAAUUUUCUACGAGAGUCCUGCCGGUAAUUAUUCGACCUUCAACAAAAUCGAGAAACCCAACUGGUUUCUGGCUAUCAAUACAGCAGGAAAAAUGAAGAAGGGCAGAAACACCACGAGGAACAAAGCGAGCAUGUUCCUAAAACGACCAUGGUAGUUGUACCAACUGGGAUCCAAAUAGUAUUUAUUGCAUUUAUACAAGUAGUAUUCACACAUUCAUUUACCAUUAGAUUACUCAUAUUCAACCUUCCACAUCAAUUUCUGCCCGCCUACAGCAUAUAAUUGGUACAAUAGCAGAUGAUGCAUUUAUACAAGCAUCAUUUGCAUUCAUUGUUAAUGCUAAUUUUUUAGUUCAUCCUUUUCAAAAUGUAAAUUUAUUACAGCUAAAAUUUAAAUAUUUCUGUAAUUUUAUUUUGUCGAAUUUGAAUUGCAUAACCGUAACAUUUGCAUAAGUAUUACUGACAUUCAUUGCAAAUGCUUAAUAAUAA